UAAUUGACCCGAGAAAAAAAAUGGAGUUUAAAACCCAGCCAAAACCUUUUUAUGGCUUUUAUCAAUUCCUUUUUCUCUCGGCGUUCCGAAUCUCUUUUCCACUAAACAAGUAGAACACCAAUGGCAGCCACAGACGAAAGUUCCUCUGCUAAGCGGUGGCUUCCUCUUGAAGCUAAUCCAGAUGUUAUGAACCACUUUCUUUGGGGCUUAGGUCUUCCGGAGAGUGAAGCAGAGUGCUAUGAUGUUUAUGGCUUGGAUGAAGAACUCUUGGAAAUGGUUCCGAAGCCUGUUCUUGCCGUUCUGUUUCUCUAUCCCAUCGCUCAGCAGGUUUGUUCUUUGUUGUGCACUUAUGCUGGUAUAUUCUUUGAUGAGUUCUGGCUACAGGAACCUAGCAGUAAAGUUUAUUUCAUGAAACAAACUGUGGGUAAUGCUUGUGGAACAAUAGGGCUUCUUCAUGCUGUUGGUAACAUCACUUCAGAGAUCAAGCUUCUUGAGGGAUCAUUCUUGGAUAAGUUUUUCAAAUCCACUGCAAAGAUGGGACCACUGGAGCAUGCUACAUUUCUUGAGAAUGACAGAGAAAUGGAAGUUGCUCAUUCUGUAGCAGCUACAGCUGGUGAUACAGAGGCUUCAGAUAAUGUGGACGCUCACUUUAUCAGCUUCACAUGUGUGGAAGGAGAACUUUUUGAGCUUGAUUGAAGAAAGUCAGGACUGAUAGCACAUGGUGCAUCCUCACCAAGCAGCUUAUUGCAGGAGAAACUAAGAUCAACGAUGGAUUCUAGUUUGCAUGAAGAUAAUACAGACUGGAUUCUGGAAGGCAAUUCUUCUGGUCUCGCAAUAGAGUUUGCUUAA